AUGGCUGGAGACGGAGACACGGCUGUCGUGUCCACGAGACCGACGGCGGGAGAUGGUAGCACGCACUCUGCGAGUGAUUCAGAGGUCGCCGGGACAAAGUUCAACGAGCAGACAAAUUAUGUCCCGAAGCGUACAAUCAUUACGAUCUUUCUGGCUUGUGCCAGUGUGGACUUGGUCGCGUUGAUGGACCAGACCACACUCGCGGCCAGUUUGUACAUAAUCGGCGCGUCGUUUGGAUCUACAAAGGAGGUUUCCUGGAUUGCGAGCGGCUACUUUAUCACUUCCACGGUUGGACAGUUGAUCUACGGUCGUCUCUCGGAUAUCUGGUCGAGAAAAGUAGUGUUGCUCACCGGUCUUGCAAUCUUCUUUUUUGGUUCCCUGGCCUCGUCGCUGGCGCAGUCAGUUCUCCAGCUUACCGUCUUUCGCGCCUUCACCGGCAUUGGUGGAGGCGGUCUCAUGACUGUCGCGCAGCUGAUUGUCAGCGAUGUCGUACCGUUGAGGGAGCGCGGAAAGUAUCAGGGCAUCCUGGGUGCUGUUGUUGCGCUUGCAAAUGGUAUCGGCCCCGUGAUAGGAGGCGCGCUGUCCUCCAAGUCAAAGGAGUCCUGGCGCUGGAUUUUCCGUCUGAAUCUUCCACUGACUCUACUCACAACGUGCUGUGUCGUGUUUAUCAUGCCACUGAAAAAGGUAGAGGGAGACUGGAGAAUGAAACUAAAGGCGGUCGACUUCACAGGCAUCAUACUGUCCUUUGCAGGUAUGAUUGCAGUAAUUCUCGGUCUGACUUGGGGCGGAAGCGAAUACCCUUGGAAUUCGGCACCCGUCAUUGCCUCUCUCGCAGCCGGUGGAGUAAUCUGCGUCGCCUUUGUUCUCUGGCAAUGGAAGGGACCCGAAUACCCUCUUGUACCACUGCAUAUAUUCAAGUCCAAGAUUGUGAAUGGUGCUUGCCUGACCAUGAUGAUCAAUGGAUGGAACUUUGUCAUGCAAGUGUACUAUGUGCCGACCUUUUACCAGCUCGUCUACGGCUAUUCAGCUACCAAAUCCGGUGCUCUUCUGCUGCCAAUUACCAUUGUGCAGACGGUCAGCAGCACAGCGUCUGGUCUCGUUGUGCACUGGGUCGGCCGAUACCGCGAGUGCAUCCUCUUUGGUUGGAUGUGCUGGGCCAUUGGCCUUGGACUCAUGUCCACUCUAAAUGAGCACACGGGUCUUGACAAACAGAUUGGUUACUCUGUCCUCAUCGGCAUCGGUGUUGGAAAUACCAUGCAGCCAGCCCUGAUUGCUGCACAAGCUGGCGUUUCAAGACGUGACAUGGCCGUUGCAACAUCUUUCAGAAACUUCAUUCGAAACGUCGGUUCGACUAUGGGCCUCGCAGUCUGCGGCUCAAUCAUCAACAACGUUUUGAGGAGCGCAAUCUCGCACCUGAACCUAGAUGACCAGGCUCUGAAAGAUCUUUUGAAGAAUCCACGCACUUACACGGACACGCUGUCCCCUGCCGAGGCUGCCCAUAUUCGCAGUGUCGUGGUUCCUGCAUACAAGAGAGGGUUCAGAAUUAUCUUUUUGGUAGGGGCGGGACUGGCAAUACUCGGCUUCAUGCUCGCCUUUGUCCUGAUGCCUCAGGUGUCUUUGGCGCGACCUGAUGAUGAAAAGCUCAAAGAAGCAGGCCGCAAGGCCGACGAGGCGCGCAAGCAAAAGAACAAAGUUUGA